AAAGGCUACGAGGCUCUGGGGUUGUAUUUGCUGCAUUGUUGCUGAAGGGAGUUGCGGAGACGCCUAUUACCUUCUGGAGACCGAUGUUUUUGCCUUCGUGCCCUGUGCCAGGGGAGCAUCUCAUCCUAACUGGUUUGGAUGGAUGCAGAGGGGCAGAACGUGAGAGUAAAAGCCUAGCACAGGAGCAGAGAGAACUAGGCUAAUUCAGUAACAGCUGUAGAGAGGGAAGUACCUUGGCCAGGGGUAAUUUGUACUUUAUUGGCCAAGUGGCUCUCUGUGCCUACUCCUGGCUAUCUGAAUCUGAUAAUCCAGCCUGGGUUCCUAGGCAGGUCAGAAGCGCUGACGGAGGGGAGGGGCCGGGACCGUGAACUGACUGACACUGUCUUAGAAAGGGGAGGAGUCCGAUGUAGGCUUGGGCAAGGAUGCUGCUCUUCCAGUGAUGCAGCGGGGAAUUUGUAGACAAUCCCUUGGCAGGUGGGGCUCCCUGGCUUCUUCCCUGGGCUGAUCGGGAGAAGGACCGGGCAGAUCCCUGCUGCCUUCUCACAGAGCAUCCAAGAUCUAGUUGCCACAGGAAGGUGCUGUCCCUGGGAUUCCAGUUGAGAGAACUUGGGCACUUGUAAGAGUGCUAUUCCAGAGGCUGAUCAGGCAAGCAACUAGGAGCUGCCCCCUUCACAUCUGCCCUCCCUGAACCCUGCUGUCUACUCCAGUUUUCUGUUUCACAGAGUAAGGAGGAACCCAGCCUUGGCAAAAUGGACCAAAUGUUCCCAGAGACAGUGAGCCAGAGCACUAUGCCCAUGGAUAUCCUGAACGUGGUAGAAAUACUGAACAACCAAUCAAAGGACACAUGCUUCCACACCAGGAAUACUGCCCUGAAGGGGCAGCCCUUUGGUGGAGUGCCCACUGUGUUUGUCCUAAACGUCUGUUUCUGGUUGAUUGCUAUUUGUCUCUACUCCUUCCUCCGGAAAGCUGCCUGGGACUAUGGACGCCUAGGUCUGCUAACAAACCAUGAAAGCUUGGUCUCACUGUUCUUUGGAGAGCAAAGUGAUAAGAAUUCCCCAGUGGAACCUACUCUGGAGGUACAGAAAAAAGAUUCGGGCUACUUUUCCUGGUUGAUCAACAGCAUAAGCAUGAAGAAAGAGGAGCUGACUAAAAAGUGUGGAGAUGAUGCCAAAAUGUACCUCAAUUUCCAGACACACCUCAUUUUUCUAUUCCUUUUUCUUUGUGUGCCCUCCUUGACUGUCAUCCUGCCAAUCAACCACUCUGGACAUCUUCUGGACCCUAACAGUCAUUUCGGCCGUACCACCAUUGUCAAUGUCGGCAAAAAUGACAAGGUCCUGUGGGUACAUAGUUUAUUCUCCGUUUUCUACUUCCUCGUCACCUUCUGCUUCAUGGUCCACCAUGGUCGAGGAAUUACACCCAAGAAGGAAACAAAGACAACCAAAACCCUGCUGAUCACCUACCUCCCCAAGGAAGUUUCAGAUCCUGAGAUCAUCAUCAAACAUUUUCAUGAGGCCUAUCCCAGCUGCACAGUGACCAAAGUCCACUUCUGCUAUGAUCUGAGAAAAUUGAUAGAAUUGGAUAACCAAAGACACCAUGCAAUGAAAGGCCGACUCUUUUAUACCUCAGUUGCUCAGAAAAGUGAGAAAACGAUGAUCCGAGUGCACCCCUGCUCCCGUAUCUGCUUCUGUCAGUGCUGCAAAUGCUUCAAGGAGGUGGAUGCUGAGCAGUACUUCAGUGAGCUGGAGGAGAGGUUGACUGAUGAGUUCAAUGCUGAACGGAACCUAAUCUCUCAGAAGCGUUUGGAUGCAGCCUUUGUCACCUUUCAAGAUGAGAAGAUGACAGCUGUGAUCCUAAAGGAUUUCCAGUGGGUUAGUUGUGGCAAAACUCCACAACAAUCCUCAGUGACAUCGGUGGUCCAGUCUCAUAAAUGGAGGAUCUACUAUGCCCCUCAUCCUAAGGAUAUCCUUUGGGAGCACCUAUCCAUCCGUGGAUAUUACUGGUGGGCACGUUUCUUAUUUCUCAACACUUCCCUCUUCAUCCUGAUCUUCUUCCUCACCACACCGAGCAUUGUUAUCAACACCAUGGACAUGUUCAAUGUCACUCGACCCAUCGAGAAACUCCAGAGUCCGAUUGUGACCCAGUUUUUCUCCUGUGUGAUGCUGUGGGCUUUCACUGUGACCCUUCCCUUUGUCGUCUACUCUUCCUCCUUUUUGGAGGCACACUGGACUAGGUCACAACGAAAUCUGUUCACAGUAUAUAAGUGUUACUUCUUUCUAGUGUUCAUGGUGAUCAUCUUGCCAUCGUUGGGCCUGACCAGUUUGGCUGUUUUCUUCCGAUGGCUCUUUGACAGCGCCUUUUUGGACCAUCCAGAACUGAAGUUCCAGUGUGUGUUCCUUCCUGAUAAUGGCGCCUUCUUUGUUAACUAUGUCAUCACUGCCAGUCUGAUUGGCACGGGCAGUGAGCUGCUGCGUGUGGAGUCACUUCUCUACUACAUGAUACGCCUCAUCUUCUCCAAAUCUGAAGCUGAACGAGUAAACAUCAGGGAGAAGCAAGUCAGAGCUUUCGAGUAUGGACGGGAAUAUUCCUGGAUUUCCUGUGUCAUCAGUGUUGUGAUGGCAUAUAGCAUCACCUGCCCCAUCAUUGUCCCAUUUGGACUGCUUUAUGUCUGUAUGAAGCAUCUCACUGAUAAGUACAACUUGUAUUACUCCUACGCCCCUACCAAGUUUAAAGAAGACUUCCACAUGGUGGGAGUUUACCAGGUGAUCCUGGCGCCCCUCCUUUCUAUGUUCUGGCUGCUCUUCUUCUCCAUUGUCCGUCUAGGCAGCCUUCAUCCCAUCACUAUCUUUACCCUGGUUACCCUCCUCACUUCCAUCGUGACUUCCUUCUUUAGUGUUUGCUUUGGGAAGUUUUGGAAGAAACAGCCUGACUCUGAGGGAGAACCAUCAGAUACAGGUUCCAGCGAAUUCAGUCUCCGAAGAAGUGCUUCUUCCUCUGUCUUCAUGUACAAUUUGUAUGUGGCCCCGGUGCUCCAGGAACUGGAGAUGAGCCUGACUCCAGCCACGUCUCCAGGCCGUCAGUCCUAUGGUACCAUGAGCAGCCAGCUGGAUGCCUUGGACAGAGAGGAGGAAAGUGGGCCCCAGAGCUUUUCAUCAGAAGUGGAGACUGCCGAGGGCGAGUUCCAGGAGGGGCUAUUAAUAGAAGACCACAACUAAUAAGGAUCACCCAUCACCACCACCAAAGGUGCUCCCAUACCAGGUGGAAUGCCAGCAUCAAGAGAAGAACAUGGCAGGGAGCAGAAGGGUAGAUCCAAUCUCCCCCUUCCUUUCAACCCACACACCCACUCCCCCAAAUCUUCUAAGGCUGCCAGUUGUAGUUCUGCCUCCAUCCUCAGGCAUUGGCAGGUUGAGAGAUCCCAGUCAUACUUGACUGGCUACAAAGUGAAUCUGGUGGAAGAGGAAUUCUGGCGUCCUGCACCAAAAGUACUAGCAACCUCCACGUCUCAGAAGGGGCAGCCAGUGCCUCCAACCUAGGAACUGAUAUCUGUACCUCCUUAAAAGCAGAUGAGAAAAAGGAAGAGCAGAAGAGAGGGGUCCAAAAAGGUCUCUGUCCUUCUGCUCAGCAGCCUCUGAAAGCCCUUCUCCAAUUUGUUUGCCUUUUGGAAGAUCUGCCACUCAGAUCAUUCUUUGAGUAUUCCUACUUCCCCUGGAGACCCCAAGGGAUCUCUACUGUUUUGUAGCUGACAGAGUCAUCAAGGAAUGAGAGAAUAGGCUGGGCUGGCCAACCCUAAGAAGGGAGACUUCUCAGUCUCUCUCACCCCAGAAUUGGAGGUGGAUGCCUCCCCAAAUUCCUUGGGUUAGAGGUUUUCCUCAUAUAAGAAUUCAUGAGGAAAAAAUAUUCCCUCUGAAGAGAAGGGAUUCCUGUGGCCCUUGAGGCUUCACCCUAGCUAGAAACUAUAGACAGUAUGAAUGGCCAGAGCCAAGGAUUACAUUGAGGGAAUUCUUUUGGGUUAUCACCUGCCUUGCCUCCACUCCUCUUCUUCCUCUUUCCUGCCAUUUGCUAGAUUUCUCUGGGCAGAGUACUGUUGAAAUAAGAUAAGGCAGAGGAGGAAGAGAGGGAAUACAAGAGAACCUUGGCCCCCAUGCUCAAUUACCUGCCCAAAUAAGGGCAGGAGUCAAUAGAGUCCCCAAGAAGAUGUUAGAGUCCUCCAGACAUUUGUAGAUGUUGGGGUGCUAAGGCAGAAGAAAGGAGAAAGAAAUAGACAUUCACCCAGAAGUACUGAAGGAUGGCAUUGGCCAUCCCAUCUGACAUUUACCCCAGAACUGGUCAUUAUGGUCAGUCCCAACAGAACAGACCUCCAGGGUAAGGGUGGCAGCCAUGUAAAAUGUUUCCUGCUAGCUGCCAUGUGGUUCCAGGACAGGACCAAAGUGACAAGCAGCUGAUGGUAAGAAGUCCCUGCCCAGGCUCUAGGAUGGUGACUAACCCCUGUCCCCCCAACAGGACAUCAUACCUUUCCUUUGUUUAGUCAUCUCUCCAAGCUUUCUGUUGCUGGUCUCUGUCUGGUCUGGGAGGGGGACCCAUGUGAGGUAGUACUAUGCCAAAGGGGAUGAAAACAGUUUCCUAUUUUGGGGAGAGUUCUGCUUUUACCCCCUCAUGUUGACCCACAGCCCAGGCACUACUGCUGGCUACUUUUUCUUCCAGCUUCCCUUGAUCCCCAGCAGGAGGAAGCCUAGAAUGAUGGAUGGGAAAUCAUCAUCCAACUUGGACAAUGAACACCUGUUUUCUUAAGUGAUGCUGCACCCAUCUAUGCUCCCAGGAUGGGCUUUCUCUAUCAUUAAUGCUGCUCUCUUCUUGGGGCUAAAUCAGUUCUAAGUCUGAAGGAAGGGACAAGAGGAGGACUGUGGGGAAUAGGCAUUAAGAACUGUUGCUUCUGCUGUCUCUCUCAACUCCCAACACCAUGCAGAUAGCUCUGGGAUGUAAUGGGCUGCCACAUGUAAUAGGCCUUGGCAGUGCCACCCAACAGUUGGUACAGGAAGUAAAAAAAAGGUACCUUUGGUGUUGUAGUCAGAGCUUGGGAAUGAGCCAAGGAGAGUGGACCUGUUUGUUCCUGAGCUCUGAUCUAAUGCUUCCCUAUUGGGGGAGGGGAAAAGUAGGAAUAGGAUACUUUCAUGGAGACCUGAAUGACACUCACUUAAUGACACAGUUUCUGGACUUUUCUUGCCAGUUUCUUAGUACUUGGAAAUCCUCAGGCCUAAGAGGGUUCUAUAAGUGGCAGACACACCAGUUUCUAAUGCAAGGAAAUAUCCUAUUACAGAUAUGAUACACACAUGCGCCCAAUCCCAUUCUGGAGCUCUGGUGAUGAAAAAAUGUCCACUUACCCAAAGUGCUUUGCCUAUUCUUUGGGUUGACCAGGUGGUACUAGAAAUGAAGAGAUUGGGGAAAGGAGGGACCUUAUCCCAGAGUGGAACUAGGUUAUGCUGAAGGAGUGGGGCCAGGAAAAAUGAGCAAACUGGGAGAGGAGGAGAUUAUAACUUACUCAAACCCUGACAGUAAAAACUAAGCCAAAGGGCUUUAUUUUUUUUCUCUUUUAAACCAGCUAAUUGGGGGAGGGGGGGAAGGAAGGAUCCUAUCCAUUGCAGAGCAGCCUGGGGGACCCAGGCCAAGUGCUCUCUGGCCUCUUCAGGCUUUCCACAGGUUUAUACCAUAGAGUUCGGGAGCCCCAGGUCAGUUAGAUCAGCAGCAUACCCAGAAGGUAGCCAGGGAUGCUCAUUUCAUAGGCACACUUCCAUUUGUUACCUGCUCUCUACCUUGGUUUCAUUCAUUCAUUGCACCUUCAUCCUUCUCCCCCAGGAGGGGACCUUAAGAGUAAGGGGAGGGAAUCCAGUUUUACUUCAUAUUCAACACAAGUGGAGUUGAUUCCAAUCCAUCUGGUAAAGGAACAGGGCUACCAGGCACAAACACUGCUGGGACUGGGAUUCAGUCCCACCUUCAACAUCUGGAUUACAGAUUUGAUGAAGUCUAAUUCAAGGGGAUAUGUAGUGUGGAGAUCUGGGGACUCAAGUGUAAUUUGUCUCCCUUCCUCAGUCUGUAUAUAUAGCCAAGCAGUCUCCCUUCCCUUCAAAGUCAUUCUAGUAUGUAGACACAAAUGUAGUCAUCAUAUUACACUCCUUUUUCGUCUGCUACAUCCCUGAUCCAGCCAAGGUACACCUCCUCAAUUACUCCUAUAGAUACAUGUAUCCUAUGUUCUUGCCCACUGAUACUCUUCAGGCCCCUAACUUUUCCUUCCAUCCACAUUAUAUCUUAACUCUCACUUCUUAAGUCAUCCAAUUGUAUCUGUUCCACACAGGAUAACACAUCCUAACUACCCCAACCCUAUAUUCCACGUUCUAAAAACACACACACACACCCUCACAUCUAUUCCAUAUCUUAACAACUUUAACCCUGUAUUCAUUCUCCCUAGUCCCUCCCUACAUCAAUUCAGCAACCUGACCACCCACACAUCCAAACCAUAUACACAUUUAGCUUAAUGCGAUUCCCCACAUAUACUCUUUUGGGAGAAUUGAGCAUUCUUCUGGUGAGGGUAGGGUGGAAACUAUGUCUGGACUCUAUCCUUGAACAGACUUCUUUGGGAGCCAGUUCCAAUUGGGCACCCUCCCCCAAACUCCCAUUUAUCUUCUGUGCCCUGGUGCAGCCCUCCUGGGUUCCACUGGCCUGUCUCUCCACUGUCUCUGGAAGGAAAGACCUAUUAGCACUAUAUCCACUGGGGACUCUGAUGAGGUGUCUGACUUACCCCGCUGGCUGUCAUCACUCUAGGAAUGUGCUAGAGUUCUGUGACCUUGAAAUCUAUUGCUAUUACUGUGUCUUGAAUAAAACAAACUCCACCCA